AUGGUGUACAUGAGACAACAAUAUCCCGUUCAGCUGGGCGUCUCAGAACCACAGGGAGAUCGGGUGACCGUUCCAGGAGCCGACGCCAGCACAUUACGUAGCGACGUCAUGAUAGAGGCACACGUCUCUCGCAGCUCCGUAACAUAUUUAAGACGGCGACGGAGACGGCACGUCAAGUUAUCGGCACUCAUGGUCGGCCAGUGUGCCCAGGGUUAUAAAUCGGUUGAGUGCGUGUUUAUGAUUGAGACAGUGGACAACGCUUCCAUAGGAACAGAUAACAUUUCAGCUGUCCUAGACGAUCUACUGGUAAAUUACGACAAGAAACUCCGACCUGGAUUUGGAGGCGAUCCUCUUGAAGUCCAGAUAGACAUUCUUCUGAGGUCUAUGGGUCCAAUAUCUGAGAGAGAUAUGGUAUACACGAUGGAUAUCUACUUCCGGCAAAGAUGGAUGGACGAACGCUUAGCAACGAACAUGUCCAUAGAGAACAUAUCAGUCAGCAUUAAACUACUUGAGAAGAUUUGGUACCCCGACACAGUCUUCUUCAACGGCAGAAAAUCUUCUCUCCACCUCGUACCAACCCCUAACAGGUUCAUAAGGAUUGGCAACAACGGGUCGAUGUACUUGUCACAAAGAUUAACAGUACGGGCGAUAUGUCAGAUGAAACUACAGAAUUAUCCCCUGGAUUUCCAGGUCUGUCCUCUACAUAUAGGAAGUUUUGCUUAUUCCACAAAGGACGUGGUGUAUAAUUGGCGGUACGGAGCGGCAUCCUCAGUCGAGCUGGCGGCGGAUAUGACCCUAUCUCAGUUUGACCUGACCAACCACUCGGCUUCCUACUCCACAACUUUCAGAAAAGGAAUGGAACUGUCCAUGCUGUCCGUCCAUUUCGGCCUGAAGCGCCAUUCCGGGUACUUCCUUAUCCAUGUGGUGGUACCGUGUAUCCUGUUAGUGAUCCUGUCCUGGGUGAGCUUCUGGAUCAACAGAGAAGCCACGGCCGAUCGUAUCGCUUUAGGUACAACAACAGUGCUGACUAUGACCUUUCUAGCUUUGGAGAACAGAAAUGACCUUCCUCGUGUAUCCUACGCUACCGCCUUGGAUGUGUAUGUCGCUAUGUGCUUUCUUUUCGUCCUUUCUACCAUCGUCCAGUUUGCUGUCGUUCAUCACUUCACAAAACGAGGUCACGGAGAUCUAGAUCAUUCCGGUCAAAAGCAAGAACCAACUAAGGUUUUACAGAGAAAGCCAGCCAUUGGAAGAGUGCGGUUUCGGAGACAGAACGGCACCUCAACGACGUCCUCAAGAAUUUUUGUAUCCCGGGCGGGUGACAGUCGGUUUGGGGUGUGGUUAUCUAGUCUACGUUUCCGUCGCCAUGCCCGGAAGUCCAUACCAGAACCAAACAGUGUUAGUCAGGUGGAUAAAAUUUCACGACUUUUGUUUCCAGUUGUUUUCAUUAUCUUAAAUCUUGCUUAUUGGGUGAUAUUUUUGCAGUAGCAAGAAUUCCUUGCUAUUGAAAAGUUAUUCGAUCGCGAAAGUAAACGAAUGUCGAGAGUUUCCCUGACCACGUUUGUAUUUACAAAAAAAGUGUCCCGGGAUCGAAAACGUGUUACUGUCCUUGUGUCUGGACUGUGAUGAUGUGCAGACGACGUCGUGUUUGGACUAACUAGGCUAUGUAUUAUUGUAUAGGUACUAUGUGGAUUGUGCCCAGCAUAUGCCAAGUUUGCGAGAUAUAAAGUUCAUGCUGUGUCCGGAUUGACAAGGUAUAGCGGUAAUAAUUUCCUGCUUAACGAGAUUAUACAGUACGUGCGUCCAGAUAAUAAUUAAGGGUUUACGUUCCAUGUUGUCUUUGAAUUAACGAGACUGUACUGUCCACGUGUGAAGGGAUUGUAAAACAGACACACAAGAUAGUAGCAACUGUCAAAAUAUUUUUUUUUUUUUUUUUUUUUUUUUUUUGGUUAU